UGGAUACGGAAUGCCGUGGCCUAGACGGCGGAAGUGCAGGCCGCAGCUGUAGGUCGGGAUAUGGCGGCCUCCGUCCUGUUGUGUGCAGUAUGGAGUGCGGCUAUCUUCUUAUCCGAGGCCGGGGGAGAGCAGAGGGAGUUCAGGCCGGAGCAGUCUGCGGCCUCCGUGCCUCUGGGGGCAGUUGCGGCGGAGAGGAGGUAUCUGUUGUACGAUGUGAAUCCUCCAGAAGGAUUUAAUCUUCGCAGGGAUGUUUAUAUCCGUAUGGCCUCCCUUCUAAAGACAUUAAGAAAGCGCUCAGAGUGGGUGUUGGUUCUUCCUCCCUGGGGGAGGCUUUACCACUGGCAGAGUCCUGACAUCCACCAGAUCCGCAUUCCUUGGGCUGAAUUCUUUGAUCUCGACGGCCUCAACAAAAAUAUCCCUGUGAUUGAAUAUGAAGAUUUCCUAGCUGAAUCUGGAGGGCCAUUCAUUGACCAGGUGUAUGUUCUGCAAGGCUAUGCUGAAGGAUGGAAAGAAGGCACAUGGGAGGAAAAAGUGGAUCAGAGAGCUUGCAUUGAUAAACUCAUGUACUCUGAGGAUAAGAAUGGCUAUUACAGGGGCUGGUUUUGGGGCUAUGAAGAGACCAGAGGUUUAAACGUCACGUGCCUUUCAGUACAAGGUUCUGCGUCUAUCAUUGCACCGGUGCUUCUGAAAAACACAACAGCAAGGUCAGUAAUGCUGGACAGAGCUGAGAAUCUUCUACAUGAUCAUUAUGGAGGCAAAGAUUAUUGGGAUACACGGCGCAGUAUGGUAUUUGCCCAGCAUUUACGGAUAGUUGGGGAUGAGUUCCGAGCUCAUUUACUCCAGUCAAAUGAUGAAGCAGAUAAAACCAUAUUCCAGGAAGACUGGACAAAGGUCAAGACAAAGCCCAGCCCGCCGUUAGGAGGACCUUAUCUUGCUGUACAUCUUCGAAGAAAAGACUUUAUUUGGGGCCACAGAGAAGAUGUGCCUAGCUUACGACGAGCAGCUGAAGAAAUUCACAGCCUCUUAAAGAAGCAAAAACUCAAGAAAGUGUUUAUUGCUACUGAUUCUGACAGGCAAGAUCUUGAAGAACUUCGAAAGUUGAUCCCAGAAAUGGUGAGGUAUGAACCUACCUGGGAAGAGCUGGAGCUGUACAAGGAUGGAGGCGUGGCAAUUAUAGAUCAGUGGAUCUGUGCUCAUGCCAGGUAUUUUAUUGGCACUUCCGUUUCUACCUUCUCUUUCCGCAUUCAUGAAGAGAGAGAAAUUUUAGGUUUUGACCCAAAGACAACCUACAACCGAUUUUGUGGAGAGCAAGAAAAGAACUGUGAGCAGCCAACACACUGGAAAAUUGUCUACUGACCUACACUUCAGUAGGGGGCGAUCCGCCCUGUAGCAUUCACUCUACCCAGAUGGCACAUACCUGGAGGCUGCAGGUGGACUUUGCUGCUGUCUAAUGCUCCGGUAUAGGAUAUAAGGUUAAAUAAAUGAGGGAUCUAUUCAGUACCUCACACAUCCAGAGUUGGGUGUAUGAGUACAUUUCUUUCAAUGUAGGGCUGGCUACUUGUGGAUUAGAGCAGUUAAAGUUUAUCACAGCUCAUCACCAGCUCGGUGUUUACAGUAAUGGGAAAAUGGGAUGCAAUGCAGGGGCAGCUAACUUGUUCUUGUAUUCUACUCAUGUGACUGUUUCCUUUAAUGAAACAGUUUCUUAUGAUGGCACAAUGACAUCUAGUAAAAAAUAUAAAGUGGUGUUGUACUCAUACAGCAGACCAUUUUACUUUCUGUAUCAGAAUGUGUGGCACAGUGGGGUGUACAUACCCUUGUGAUUGCCACCUCCUCUUCUAGUUUUAUUUUUACUAUGCAGAGAUCUUGGCAAGAUAUAAAAUAUAAGUGAAAAUCUUAGUGUAUUCAAACCCAAAGACUUAAACCAAAUAUAACAUUGCACACAUUUCUGUGUAAGGAAAA